GUUAAAUUUCCUAACCUACAAAAAUGUCGUGGUUAAUCACAACAAUUAAUUGUUUAAAACAAACUAAAAAUCUUACCCCACAAAAAACUACAAUUCGAUUUCGAUACCAUGCUGAGAAAAUAGCGAGAGGGCCUUUAAUUCGACGACAUGGUUAUGAAGACCAUAUUCAACAAUCCGGUUUAAUGCCAAGAGUUAAAGGGGCUAAAAAGUUGCCAAUGCCUACGUAUAGGCCGAAAGAUGCUUGGUGUGAAAAGCGGGCUUUAUUUGGGCAAAACGAUUACAUAGAUAUCUUGGGAAAUGAGAAAUUGCAUCCUACAAGGAUCUUGUAUAAUGUACCAUCAUGGUUACGAGGAGUGUCAGGGAAUGAAUUUCAAGUUGCAAUUAAAAAGCGAUAUGCUUUGGGUCAAACUAAGUAUCCCUUUGCUAGGCCUACAAAGUGGAAUGAAUUGAAUAAGAGGAUACGGUAUUUGUAUAGGUUUAUGAAUAGGAAGACUCCAACGGGGUAUUCAAAACAAUAAUUUGUAUUUGUGAAUUAUGUUAAUUAGAAAUAAAAAUUAUAACUUAAUA